AUGGGAGGGCCUGCCGGACCCGGCGGCCCAGGCGGCAACCCUUUCGAGCUGGGGAAGUCGAAGGCUCGCAUCAUCAAGGAUGGGGACACGAAGGUCAAGUUCGCAGAUGUGGCUGGAUGCGACGGUGCCAAGCUGGAGUUGGUGGAGGUCGUCGACUUCCUGAAGAACACCUCACGCUACUCGGAUCUCGGUGCCAAGAUCCCCAAGGGCGCCCUCCUCGUUGGCCCGCCGGGUACAGGCAAGACACUACUGGCCAAGGCCGUCGCCGGAGAAGCUGGUGUUCCCUUCUUCAGCAUCUCUGCCUCGGAGUUCGUGGAGAUCUUCGCAGGCAUCGGUGCCUCGCGGGUGCGCGACCUUUUCGAGCAGGCCAAGAAGUCUGCCCCCUGCAUCAUCUUCAUCGACGAGAUCGAUGCGGUCGGCCGUCAGCGGAGCGCAGGCUUUGGACAGGGCAACGAUGAACGGGAGCAGACGGUGAAUCAGCUUCUGACCGAGAUGGAUGGCUUCGAGGCGAACAAGGGUGUCGUGGUGAUUGCGGCCACGAACAGGGCAGACAUCCUUGAUCAGGCCUUGGUGCGCCCGGGGCGCUUCGAUCGCCAGAUCCAGGUGGACCCACCUGAUGUGCAGGGCCGCUCCGAAAUCCUGAAGGUCCAUGCCAAGGGUAAGAAUCUGGCGCCCGGCGUCGACCUUACUGCCAUUGCCAGACAGACGCCCGGCAUGUCCGGCGCAGACCUUGCCAACUUGUUGAACGAGGGCGCCAUUACAGCGGCACGCCAGAACAAGGCGGAGAUCGACUCCGACGACAUCUUCAAUGCCCUCGAGCGCAUAGCUAUCGGCCUGGAGAAGAAGGAUGCGGUGAUGUCUGAGCAGAAGAAGAAGUUGGUCGCAUACCAUGAGGCCGGUCAUGCCAUCCUGGGGGCACUGAUGAACGAUUAUGACAUCGUGGCAAAGAUCAGCAUCGUUCCUCGUGGACCAGCUGGUGGUGUCACUAUCUUCAUGCCUUCCGAAGACAGGCUCAACUCUGGACUGUACUCGAAGGAGUUCUUGGAGAACCGCAUGUGCGUCGCGCUUGGUGGCCGUUUGGCUGAGGAGAUCAUCAACGGCAAGGACAAUGUGACCACUGGUGCCUCCAAUGAUUUCCAGCAGUGCACACAAGUCGCAAAGCAGAUGGUCAUGUCUCUGGGCAUGUCCCCGGAGAUUGGCCAGCGACUUCUCGGAGGACAGCAGGGAGGAGGACCUUUCAUGGGCCGUGACUUCAUGGGCCAGGGCGCCCCUCCCAUGUCGCAGGCUCUGAAGCAGAAGGUGGAUGCGGAGGUCAAGCGCAUCGUUGACGAGCAGUACCAGCGUGGAAUGACGCUCCUGCGGGAUAACAUGUACCUCCUGGAUGAGCUUGCGAAGCUCUUGAUGGAGGAGGAGAAGGUGUCUGGGGAGCAGCUCAUGAAACUGAUCAACAAGGCAGCUGCAGAGGGCAAGCUCAUCAUGGGCAAUUCUCAAAUGGCUGUGGCAGCCUACACGGGCGAGGUAAUCGAGACAACGGCUGAAGUUUCCAUGCCUCGUAAAACACAGUGCGUCCACCCGGACAAGCCGAUGAUGCUUCUCGGUGGGCAGUUCGCAUGCGCCGACUGCCCUCGUCGUGGCUUCUGUGGCUCCACUCGUGCUGCGCCGCGGGAUGGCAAGGCCGCCCGCAGCGCUGUUGCUCGGCUCGGGCUGGCAACGCCAGAGGCGGAGAGCCGAGAAUCGACGAGCGAGGAAGUGAUGCGCCGCGUGAAGGACAUGGCCUCCGAGGUCUCCACGGGUGCUGCGCUGCCUGAGCACGUGGUGAAGCACGCCGCGGUGCAGGUCCUCGCCGCCCUGGCCGCCACCGCAGCACCGCUCGCAGCCAAGGCAGACGAUGUCCCCGCACUGCAGUCUGUGGGAGCACCGCAGAUGCAAAUGCAGCAGCCUGGUGGGGGUGGUUUCGCCCGGGUCACCGGGCGUGUGACCUACUCGCGUCUCCUCGAGUUCGUGGACGAGGGCUCUGUGAAGCGUGUGGACUUCUACGACCUUGGUCGCACGGCGGUUGCCACCGUUUCUGUGGGUGGCCGCGAGCAGCAGCUUGUGUGCGAUCUUCCAGGAGCCACCACGGGCCUUAUCGAGAAGCUCACGACAAAGGGUAUUUCCAUCGAGGUCCACCAGCCGGAGAAGCCCAACCCUUUGUUCAACGUGCUCGGUGAUGUUGCCUUCCCGCUUCUGCUGAUCGCCGGCCUGCUCUUCCUGCGCUCCCGCGCACCGGGUGGCGGCGGCAUCCCAGGCUUUGGCAACCAGGGCCAGGCGAAGAUUAUGAUCACGCCAGAGACGGGCGUGAAGUUUGAAGACGUGGCCGGGAUUGACGAGGCGAAGGAAGAGCUCAUGGAGAUCGUGGAUUUCCUCAAAGCACCAGAGAGGUUCGUGAAGGUUGGUGCCAAGAUUCCCCGUGGCGUCCUGCUGACGGGGCCUCCUGGCACUGGUAAGACACUGAUGGCCAAGGCUCUUGCCGGCGAGUCUGGUGUGCCAUUUAUCCAGUCAUCAGCCUCUGAGUUCAUCGAGCUCUUCGUCGGUGUGGGUGCUUCUCGCGUGCGGGACAUCUUCAAGCAGGCAAAGGAGAAAGCGCCCUGCAUCGUUUUCAUUGACGAGAUUGAUGCUAUUGGUCGUCAGCGUGGGGCCGGCAUGGGCGGUGGCAACGACGAGCGUGAGCAGACUCUGAACCAGAUCCUCACGGAAAUGGACGGCUUCGAGGGCAACAGUGGCGUCAUCGUCGUUGCUGCCACGAACAGGUCUGACAUCCUGGACAAUGCUUUGCUGCGCCCCGGCCGCUUUGACCGCCGUGUGCAAGUCGGCCUCCCAGAUGUCAAAGGCAGGGCACAGAUCUUGGAAGUUCACGUCAAGAACAAGAAGCUGGACGGUGAGAUCACGCUCAUGGACAUUGCCAAGCGCACUGCGGGCUUUUCUGGUGCCGACUUGGAGAAUCUCAUGAACGAGUCGGCCAUCCUCGCGGCACGUCGCAACAAGAAGGCGAUCAGCAUGGAUGAGAUCAACGAUGCCACGGACCGAGUCAUCGCCGGUCUGGAGGGUCGGGCACUGCAGGACAACGCGGCAAAAAAGCUCAUCGCAUACCACGAGGCUGGACACGCCAUUGUCGGCACUCUGCUCCCGUACCACGACCCUGUCAACAAGGUGACUCUGAUCCCUCGUGGGCAGGCGAAGGGCCUGACUUGGUUCACUCCCGGAGAGGACCAGAGCCUGAUCUCGGCCGCCAUGCUCAAAGCCCGCAUCGCCGGCGCCCUGGGUGGACGGGCAGCGGAGCAGCUUGUCUUUGGAACCAGCCAGGUGACCACUGGUGCUGGCGGCGACCUCCAGCAAGUAGAGCGAAUGGCCCGGGCUAUGGUCACACAGUUCGGCAUGUCAGAGGUGGGCUCCCUUGCCAUCGAUGACGGCGGUUUCAUGGGCCCCGACUACUCCGAGGAGCUGAGUGAGAAGAUCGACACAGCCAUCAAGCAGAUCUCGGAUGAUUGCUAUCUCAAUGCCUUGAACAUCCUUAUGACGAAUCGUGCUUGCCUCGACCGAGUGGCAGACGAGCUGACGGAGACGGAGACCAUGACUGGCGACCGUCUUCGGGAGAUCAUCGCCGAAUACGUGGAGGUCCCCGAGACCGCGCUUGCCGGCGCAGCGGCAGCGGCAGCCCUCCUCGCAGCUCCCAGCUUCAUCGCCCCCGGCGCCGGAGAUGCCCCGCGCCAGAUGCAGGCCCAGACACGCAGCCAAGUCGGCAGCACUUCGACUAGUGACGAGGCCAGCCAUCUGAACAUGGCAGCUGCCGGUGCGAGUGCGGCGGCAAUGGGUGCAGUCGCAGCCAUGGGCCCGCGCCGAACAGCCAAGCGCAGCCGAGCAGUGGUAGCUACGCAGGCGCAGAGGGGGCAGGAGAGCCCCAAAGGACUUUCCGAGCUGGUGGUCUUGGCCGAGCAGCUUCUGAGGCAACCAGAGCCACAACAGCUGGCGCUUCUGGUGCAGCAGCUCCAGGCCUUUGCCGCAGCAGAACUGCGACGUGGUGCCGCCCUCUCUGGCCCGACUGCCCGAGCCUUUGCUGAAGUAGCCACCGGUGCAAGCGAUGUGCUGCGCGAGGGCACUGAGAAACAGCUGCGCUGGGCAGCCGGUGCUGCCGCAUCCUUGCUGUUGACUUUCAGUGUCAGCCUGCAGCCUGCCAUGGCAGCGGAUGUCGUGAACUACUCUGACUUCAUGGAUUCCGUCAACCGCGGUGAUGUCGAGAUGGUGCGCGUCCAGGAUGAUCAGCUUUCGGCACAGUACACGACCAAGGAUGGCGCUCGCCAUGAGGUGAACUUAAUCCCCAAUGCUCAGGUCGAGGACCAGCUGUUCAAUACUUUGGCACAAAAGAAGGUGGAUGUCGUCAUGCAGACCCCUGGUGCCAACCAGGGUGGGCCCUUAGACUUCCUGGCACGCUUUGCCGGCCCCAUUGCGUGGCUCAUCGCCGGUCUCCUCUUUCUGUUUGGAGGUGCGGGCAUGGGAGGGCCUGCCGGACCCGGCGGCCCAGGCGGCAACCCUUUCGAGCUGGGGAAGUCGAAGGCUCGCAUCAUCAAGGAUGGGGACACGAAGGUCAAGUUCGCAGAUGUGGCUGGAUGCGACGGUGCCAAGCUGGAGUUGGUGGAGGUCGUCGACUUCCUGAAGAACACCUCACGCUACUCGGAUCUCGGUGCCAAGAUCCCCAAGGGCGCCCUCCUCGUUGGCCCGCCGGGUACAGGCAAGACACUACUGGCCAAGGCCGUCGCCGGAGAAGCUGGUGUUCCCUUCUUCAGCAUCUCUGCCUCGGAGUUCGUGGAGAUCUUCGCAGGCAUCGGUGCCUCGCGGGUGCGCGACCUUUUCGAGCAGGCCAAGAAGUCUGCCCCCUGCAUCAUCUUCAUCGACGAGAUCGAUGCGGUCGGCCGUCAGCGGAGCGCAGGCUUUGGACAGGGCAACGAUGAACGGGAGCAGACGGUGAAUCAGCUUCUGACCGAGAUGGAUGGCUUCGAGGCGAACAAGGGUGUCGUGGUGAUUGCGGCCACGAACAGGGCAGACAUCCUUGAUCAGGCCUUGGUGCGCCCGGGGCGCUUCGAUCGCCAGAUCCAGGUGGACCCACCUGAUGUGCAGGGCCGCUCCGAAAUCCUGAAGGUCCAUGCCAAGGGUAAGAAUCUGGCGCCCGGCGUCGACCUUACUGCCAUUGCCAGACAGACGCCCGGCAUGUCCGGCGCAGACCUUGCCAACUUGUUGAACGAGGGCGCCAUUACAGCGGCACGCCAGAACAAGGCGGAGAUCGACUCCGACGACAUCUUCAAUGCCCUCGAGCGCAUAGCUAUCGGCCUGGAGAAGAAGGAUGCGGUGAUGUCUGAGCAGAAGAAGAAGUUGGUCGCAUACCAUGAGGCCGGUCAUGCCAUCCUGGGGGCACUGAUGAACGAUUAUGACAUCGUGGCAAAGAUCAGCAUCGUUCCUCGUGGACCAGCUGGUGGUGUCACUAUCUUCAUGCCUUCCGAAGACAGGCUCAACUCUGGACUGUACUCGAAGGAGUUCUUGGAGAACCGCAUGUGCGUCGCGCUUGGUGGCCGUUUGGCUGAGGAGAUCAUCAACGGCAAGGACAAUGUGACCACUGGUGCCUCCAAUGAUUUCCAGCAGUGCACACAAGUCGCAAAGCAGAUGGUCAUGUCUCUGGGCAUGUCCCCGGAGAUUGGCCAGCGACUUCUCGGAGGACAGCAGGGAGGAGGACCUUUCAUGGGCCGUGACUUCAUGGGCCAGGGCGCCCCUCCCAUGUCGCAGGCUCUGAAGCAGAAGGUGGAUGCCGAGGUCAAGCGCAUCGUUGACGAGCAGUACCAGCGUGGAAUGACGCUCCUGCGGGAUAACAUGUACCUCCUGGAUGAGCUUGCGAAGCUCUUGAUGGAGGAGGAGAAGGUGUCUGGGGAGCAGCUCAUGAAACUGAUCAACAAGGCAGCUGCAGAGGGCAAGCUCAUCAUGGGCAAUUCUCAAAUGGCUGUGGCAGCCUACACGGGCGAGGUAAUCGAGACAACGGCUGAGGUUUCCAUGCCUCGUAAAACACAGUGCGUCCACCCGGACAAGCCGAUGAUGUUCGCAUGCGCCGACUGCCCUCGUCGUGGCUUCUGUGGCUCCACUCGUGCUGCGCCGCGGGAUGGCAAGGCCGCCCGCAGCGCUGUUGCUCGGCUCGGGCUGGCAACGCCAGAGGCGGAGAGCCGAGAAUCGACGAGCGAGGAAGUGAUGCGCCGCGUGAAGGACAUGGCCUCCGAGGUCUCCACGGGUGCUGCGCUGCCUGAGCACGUGGUGAAGCACGCCGCGGUGCAGGUCCUCGCCGCCCUGGCCGCCACCGCAGCACCGCUCGCAGCCAAGGCAGACGAUGUCCCCGCACUGCAGUCUGUGGGAGCACCGCAGAUGCAAAUGCAGCAGCCUGGUGGGGGUGGCUUCGCCCGGGUCACCGGGCGUGUGACCUACUCACGUCUCCUCGAGUUCGUGGACGAGGGCUCUGUGAAGCGUGUGGACUUCUACGACCUUGGUCGCACGGCGGUUGCCACCGUUUCUGUGGGUGGCCGCGAGCAGCAGCUUGUGUGCGAUCUUCCAGGAGCCACCACGGGCCUUAUCGAGAAGCUCACGACAAAGGGUAUUUCCAUCGAGGUCCACCAGCCGGAGAAGCCCAACCCUUUGUUCAACGUGCUCGGUGAUGUUGCCUUCCCGCUUCUGCUGAUCGCCGGCCUGCUCUUCCUGCGCUCCCGCGCACCGGGUGGCGGCGGCAUCCCAGGCUUUGGCAACCAGGGCCAGGCGAAGAUUAUGAUCACGCCAGAGACGGGCGUGAAGUUUGAAGACGUGGCCGGGAUUGACGAGGCGAAGGAAGAGCUCAUGGAGAUCGUGGAUUUCCUCAAAGCACCAGAGAGGUUCGUGAAGGUUGGUGCCAAGAUUCCCCGUGGCGUCCUGCUGACGGGGCCUCCUGGCACUGGUAAGACACUGAUGGCCAAGGCUCUUGCCGGCGAGUCUGGUGUGCCAUUUAUCCAGUCAUCAGCCUCUGAGUUCAUCGAGCUCUUCGUCGGUGUGGGUGCUUCUCGCGUGCGGGACAUCUUCAAGCAGGCAAAGGAGAAAGCGCCCUGCAUCGUUUUCAUUGACGAGAUUGAUGCUAUUGGUCGUCAGCGUGGGGCCGGCAUGGGCGGUGGCAACGACGAGCGUGAGCAGACUCUGAACCAGAUCCUCACGGAAAUGGACGGCUUCGAGGGCAACAGUGGCGUCAUCGUCGUUGCUGCCACGAACAGGUCUGACAUCCUGGACAAUGCUUUGCUGCGCCCCGGCCGCUUUGACCGCCGUGUGCAAGUCGGCCUCCCAGAUGUCAAAGGCAGGGCACAGAUCUUGGAAGUUCACGUCAAGAACAAGAAGCUGGACGGUGAGAUCACGCUCAUGGACAUUGCCAAGCGCACUGCGGGCUUUUCUGGUGCCGACUUGGAGAAUCUCAUGAACGAGUCGGCCAUCCUCGCGGCACGUCGCAACAAGAAGGCGAUCAGCAUGGAUGAGAUCAACGAUGCCACGGACCGAGUCAUCGCCGGUCUGGAGGGUCGGGCACUGCAGGACAACGCGGCAAAAAAGCUCAUCGCAUACCACGAGGCUGGACACGCCAUUGUCGGCACUCUGCUCCCGUACCACGACCCUGUCAACAAGGUGACUCUGAUCCCUCGUGGGCAGGCGAAGGGCCUGACUUGGUUCACUCCCGGAGAGGACCAGAGCCUGAUCUCGGCCGCCAUGCUCAAAGCCCGCAUCGCCGGCGCCCUGGGUGGACGGGCAGCGGAGCAGCUUGUGUUUGGAACCAGCCAGGUGACCACUGGUGCUGGCGGCGACCUCCAGCAAGUAGAGCGAAUGGCCCGGGCUAUGGUCACACAGUUCGGCAUGUCAGAGGUGGGCUCCCUUGCCAUCGAUGACGGCGGUUUCAUGGGCCCCGACUACUCCGAGGAGCUGAGUGAGAAGAUCGACACAGCCAUCAAGCAGAUCUCGGAUGAUUGCUAUCUCAAUGCCUUGAACAUCCUUAUGACGAAUCGUGCUUGCCUCGACCGAGUGGCAGACGAGCUGACGGAGACGGAGACCAUGACUGGCGACCGUCUUCGGGAGAUCAUCGCCGAAUACGUGGAGGUCCCCGAGACCGCGCUUGCCGGCGCAGCGGCAGCGGCAGCCCUCCUCGCAGCUCCCAGCUUCAUCGCCCCCGGCGCCGGAGAUGCCCCACGCCAGAUGCAGGCCCAGACACGCAGCCAAGUCGGCAGCACUUCGACUAGUGACGAGGCCAGCCACCUGAACAUGGCAGCUGCCGGUGCGAGUGCGGCGGCAAUGGGUGCAGUCGCAGCCAUGGGCCCGCGCCGAACAGCCAAGCGCAGCCGAGCAGUGGUAGCUACGCAGGCGCAGAGGGGGCAGGAGAGCCCCAAAGGACUUUCCGAGCUGGUGGCCUUGGCCGAGCAGCUUCUGAGGCAACCAGAGCCACAACAGCUGGCGCUUCUGGUGCAGCAGCUCCAGGCCUUUGCCGCAGCAGAACUGCGACGUGGUGCCGCCCUCUCUGGCCCGACUGCCCGAGCCUUUGCUGAAGUAGCCACCGGUGCAAGCGAUGUGCUGCGCGAGGGCACUGAGAAACAGCUGCGCUGGGCAGCCGGUGCUGCCGCAUCCUUGCUGUUGACUUUCAGUGUCAGCCUGCAGCCUGCCAUGGCAGCGGAUGUCGUGAACUACUCUGACUUCAUGGAUUCCGUCAACCGCGGUGAUGUCGAGAUGGUGCGCGUCCAGGAUGAUCAGCUUUCGGCACAGUACACGACCAAGGAUGGCGCUCGCCAUGAGGUGAACUUAAUCCCCAAUGCUCAGGUCGAGGACCAGCUGUUCAAUACUUUGGCACAAAAGAAGGUGGAUGUCGUCAUGCAGACCCCUGGUGCCAACCAAGGUGGGCCCUUAGACUUCCUGGCACGCUUUGCCGGCCCCAUUGCGUGGCUCAUCGCCGGUCUCCUCUUUCUGUUUGGAGGUGCGGGCAUGGGAGGGCCUGCCGGACCCGGCGGCCCAGGCGGCAACCCUUUCGAGCUGGGGAAGUCGAAGGCUCGGAUCAUCAAGGAUGGGGACACGAAGGUCAAGUUCGCAGAUGUGGCUGGAUGCGACGGUGCCAAGCUGGAGUUGGUGGAGGUCGUCGACUUCCUGAAGAACACCUCGCGCUACUCGGAUCUCGGUGCCAAGAUCCCCAAGGGCGCCCUCCUCGUUGGCCCGCCGGGUACAGGCAAGACACUACUGGCCAAGGCCGUCGCCGGAGAAGCUGGUGUUCCCUUCUUCAGCAUCUCUGCCUCGGAGUUCGUGGAGAUCUUCGCAGGCAUCGGUGCCUCGCGGGUGCGCGACCUUUUCGAGCAGGCCAAGAAAUCUGCCCCCUGCAUCAUCUUCAUCGACGAGAUCGAUGCGGUCGGCCGUCAGCGCAGCGCAGGCUUUGGACAGGGCAACGAUGAACGGGAGCAGACGGUGAAUCAGCUUCUGACCGAGAUGGAUGGUUUCGAGGCGAACAAGGGUGUCGUGGUGAUUGCGGCCACGAACAGGGCAGACAUCCUUGAUCAGGCCUUGGUGCGCCCGGGGCGCUUCGAUCGCCAGAUCCAGGUGGACCCACCUGAUGUGCAGGGCCGCUCCGAAAUCCUGAAGGUCCAUGCAAAGGGUAAGAAUCUGGCGCCCGGCGUCGACCUUACUGCCAUUGCCAGACAGACGCCCGGCAUGUCCGGCGCAGACCUUGCCAACUUGUUGAACGAGGGCGCCAUUACGGCGGCACGGCAGAACAAGGCGGAGAUCGACUCCGACGACAUCUUCAAUGCCCUCGAGCGCAUAGCUAUCGGCCUGGAGAAGAAGGAUGCGGUGAUGUCUGAGCAGAAAAAGAAGUUGGUCGCAUACCAUGAGGCCGGUCAUGCCAUCCUGGGGGCACUGAUGAACGAUUAUGACAUCGUGGCAAAGAUCAGCAUCGUUCCUCGUGGACCAGCUGGUGGUGUCACUAUCUUCAUGCCUUCCGAAGACAGGCUCAACUCUGGACUGUACUCGAAGGAGUUCUUGGAGAACCGCAUGUGCGUCGCGCUUGGUGGCCGUUUGGCUGAGGAGAUCAUCAACGGCAAGGACAAUGUGACCACUGGUGCCUCCAAUGAUUUCCAGCAGUGCACACAAGUCGCAAAGCAGAUGGUCAUGUCUCUGGGCAUGUCCCCGGAGAUUGGCCAGCGACUUCUCGGAGGACAGCAGGGAGGAGGACCUUUCAUGGGCCGUGACUUCAUGGGCCAGGGCGCCCCUCCCAUGUCGCAGGCUCUGAAGCAGAAGGUGGAUGCCGAGGUCAAGCGCAUCGUUGACGAGCAGUACCAGCGUGGAAUGACGCUCCUGCGGGAUAACAUGUACCUCCUGGAUGAGCUUGCGAAGCUCUUGAUGGAGGAGGAGAAGGUGUCUGGGGAGCAGCUCAUGAAACUGAUCAACAAGGCAGCUGCAGAGGGCAAGCUCAUCAUGGGCAAUUCUCAAAUGGCUGUGGCAGCCUACACGGGCGAGGUAAUCGAGACAACGGCUGAGGUUUCCAUGCCUCGUAAAACACAGUGCGUCCACCCGGACAAGCCGAUGAUGCUUCUCGGUGGGCAGUUCGCAUGCGCCGACUGCCCUCGUCGUGGCUUCUGUGGCUCCACUCGUGCUGCGCCGCGGGAUGGCAAGGCCGCCCGCAGCGCUGUUGCUCGGCUCGGGCUGGCAACGCCAGAGGCGGAGAGCCGAGAAUCGACGAGCGAGGAAGUGAUGCGCCGCGUGAAGGACAUGGCCUCCGAGGUUUCCACGGGUGCUGCGCUGCCUGAGCACGUGGUGAAGCACGCCGCGGUGCAGGUCCUCGCCGCCCUGGCCGCCACCGCAGCACCGCUCGCAGCCAAGGCAGACGAUGUCCCCGCACUGCAGUCUGUGGGAGCACCGCAGAUGCAAAUGCAGCAGCCUGGUGGGGGUGGCUUCGCCCGGGUCACCGGGCGUGUGACCUACUCACGUCUCCUCGAGUUCGUGGACGAGGGCUCUGUGAAGCGUGUGGACUUCUACGACCUUGGUCGCACGGCGGUUGCCACCGUUUCUGUGGGUGGCCGCGAGCAGCAGCUUGUGUGCGAUCUUCCAGGAGCCACCACGGGCCUUAUCGAGAAGCUCACGACAAAGGGUAUUUCCAUCGAGGUCCACCAGCCGGAGAAGCCCAACCCUUUGUUCAACGUGCUCGGUGAUGUUGCCUUCCCGCUUCUGCUGAUCGCCGGCCUGCUCUUCCUGCGCUCCCGCGCACCGGGUGGCGGCGGCAUCCCAGGCUUUGGCAACCAGGGCCAGGCGAAGAUUAUGAUCACGCCAGAGACGGGCGUGAAGUUUGAAGACGUGGCCGGGAUUGACGAGGCGAAGGAAGAGCUCAUGGAGAUCGUGGAUUUCCUCAAAGCACCAGAGAGGUUCGUGAAGGUUGGUGCCAAGAUUCCCCGUGGCGUCCUGCUGACGGGGCCUCCUGGCACUGGUAAGACACUGAUGGCCAAGGCUCUUGCCGGCGAGUCUGGUGUGCCAUUUAUCCAGUCAUCAGCCUCUGAGUUCAUCGAGCUCUUCGUCGGUGUGGGUGCUUCUCGCGUGCGGGACAUCUUCAAGCAGGCGAAGGAGAAAGCGCCCUGCAUCGUCUUCAUUGACGAGAUUGAUGCUAUUGGUCGUCAGCGUGGGGCCGGCAUGGGCGGUGGCAACGACGAGCGUGAGCAGACUCUGAACCAGAUCCUCACGGAAAUGGACGGCUUCGAGGGCAACAGUGGCGUCAUCGUCGUUGCUGCCACGAACAGGUCUGACAUCCUGGACAAUGCUUUGCUGCGCCCCGGCCGCUUUGACCGCCGUGUGCAAGUCGGCCUCCCAGAUGUCAAAGGCAGGGCACAGAUCUUGGAAGUUCACGUCAAGAACAAGAAGCUGGACGGUGAGAUCACGCUCAUGGACAUUGCCAAGCGCACUGCGGGCUUUUCUGGUGCCGACUUGGAGAACCUCAUGAACGAGUCGGCCAUCCUCGCGGCACGUCGCAACAAGAAGGCGAUCAGCAUGGAUGAGAUCAACGAUGCCACGGACCGAGUCAUCGCCGGUCUGGAGGGUCGGGCACUGCAGGACAACGCGGCAAAAAAGCUCAUCGCAUACCACGAGGCUGGACACGCCAUUGUCGGCACUCUGCUCCCGUACCACGACCCUGUCAACAAGGUGACUCUGAUCCCUCGUGGGCAGGCGAAGGGCCUGACUUGGUUCACUCCCGGAGAGGACCAGAGCCUGAUCUCGGCCGCCAUGCUCAAAGCCCGCAUCGCCGGCGCCCUGGGUGGACGGGCAGCGGAGCAGCUUGUGUUUGGAACCAGCCAGGUGACCACUGGUGCUGGCGGCGACCUCCAGCAAGUAGAGCGAAUGGCCCGGGCUAUGGUCACACAGUUCGGCAUGUCAGAGGUGGGCUCCCUUGCCAUCGAUGACGGCGGUUUCAUGGGCCCCGACUACUCCGAGGAGCUGAGUGAGAAGAUCGACACAGCCAUCAAGCAGAUCUCGGAUGAUUGCUAUCUCAAUGCCUUGAACAUCCUUAUGACGAAUCGUGCUUGCCUCGACCGAGUGGCAGACGAGCUGACGGAGACGGAGACCAUGACUGGCGACCGUCUUCGGGAGAUCAUCGCCGAAUACGUGGAGGUCCCCGAGAAGCUUGCGGCCGUGUGA